AUGCAUCGUCUUUUUGCUGCUCUGGAGCCAUCUUUAACCGUCACAGAGCAAAAUCUGGCAGACCGAGUUCGGUAUAUCUUGCGCUCAAAUAUAUUUGAUGUCGCCGAACUCGAACGGCUACGACGUGAGGCUGUUCCCUCAUCGGAUGAAAAUGAUACGGCUGAGGAUGCGGCGCCACAAAUUGUAGAGCAACCCGCAAAGGUGGAUGCCACCGUGAAUAUCCCAGUUGUGGUUGAUUCAAACGAUGAUGGAACAGUCGCCCAGGAACUGGAAUUAGAGCAUAUGAAUGUACUCCACAUUGGAAGAGGCGAUUGUGGAAACGCGCAGUACGCCUCUCGAAAAUCGACCGCGUCUUCCCCGCAUAGUCGACUAUGCGGGGAGACGCAAGCGGAACCGGGCUGUCGUGAGGGCUCUGAACCCAAUGCUGGUGACCUAUUUGGAAGCCAGCCGGGACCUUUGCGAGACAGACUCAAUUCUUUUUGGCGCCGCGCUGGCAGUCUGCCGUAUCAUAAGCGCCAAGGUUUCCACGGCUGGACGCACUACUGGCCAAAAUCAGGCAAUAACAGGCCAAGAAUUAAGCGCACCGUCAGGAUGGCGUUUGCUGGGACAAAUGUCAGUUUGUCCCAGCCGGAUAUAACGCAAAAACUGACGGAGCACAUAGAUGAUCUGAAGCAGAGAAUCGCUGCUUGGGGAAAGCGGAUUCGGCGAUAUACCGAGAGGUCGACACGGUUCAACCAGAAUAGUCUCUUCCAGAGUGAUCAGAAGAGGCUCUAUGAAUCACUGCAGCGACCAAGCGGAACGGGCCCAGCACUGAAUCAGGCCGACACUGUAGCAUUCUGGCGCGGUCUGUGGUCAGAGCUCGUAAACCGCAGCGAGGCCCCUUGGACGGAAGUUGUGGCGAGUCAGUGCGCAAGUUUAACGCCCAUGGACCCCGUCAUUAUAACACCGAAUGACGUAGCUGAGGCGGUCUGGAACCCCGAACUAGAAAAAAUCCGGGACUCGAUGGGCUGCAUCACUACUGGCUGA